AUGUUUAAUAAGAACUCAAAGACAACGGCUGUGGUUAACAACGGGUACAGCACUGGACAGCAAAGUGUUGUGUUGAAUGUGGGCAACAAUGGCUAUGGUAUGCCAUUCGCAGUCCAACAAAUGGUAGACUCGGAUGUUUUGGCCGAAAAGCAGCGCAUCGAUGGUCUGGUGGGCGCCCAGAGUGUGACCAGUGAUGCGAUUGUUGUGCAAAAUCUGUGCAAAACAUUCAAAGCAUUUCCAGCCGUCGAUAACCUCUCGUUUGGUGUCCAUAAGGAGGAGUGUUUCGGACUGUUGGGAGUGAACGGCGCCGGAAAGACCACAACCUUUCGUAUGCUUACGGGCGACGAGAGUCUGACGGGAGGCCAGGCCUGGAUCGGCUACUUAUCUCUCAGACAGGACUUACAACACUUUCAACGAGAGGUCGGCUAUUGUCCACAGUUUGACGCUUUGCUCAACAAAAUGACGGGAAUUGAGACGUUGUUUAUGUUUUGCCGGUUAAGGGGUAUGACUGAGGAUAUGAUACCCACUUAUGUGAAGGAUUUGACAGCUAUGGUAGACCUGACCCCUCACGUCCACAAAUGCACCGAAACCUAUAGCGGCGGUAAUCGACGCAAACUAUCGCUGGCUAUAGCCCUGUGCGCCGCACCGGCCGUCAUAUUCUUAGGUAGAGUUACCACAAAUGAGCCGACCUCUGGUGUGGACCCAUCGGCCAGACGUAAGAUAUGGUCAACUCUGGCAUCACUUCAGCGCAUAUAUGGCUCGGCAUUCGUACUGACGUCACACUCGAUGGAAGAGUGCGAAGCCCUGUGCGCUCGGGUGGCCAUUAUGGUCAACGGACAGCUCCAGUGCUUGGGAUCUGUUCAACACCUCAGACACAAGUUUGGACAGGGAUUCACUAUUUUGGCUAAACUCCGGAGGGAUAUGACUGAAGAUCCCUCUUAUAUGGCAUCCAUCGAGCAGUUUGUGCGCCAAGAGAUGCCGUCGGCUGUCCUGAAGGACGUCCAUCAAUGUCUACUUCAUUAUCACAUAACAGAUCCACAGAUGUUGUGGUCGAAGAUGUUUGCACUCAUGGAAGACAUGAAACACCGCUUCUCUCUCGAGGACUACACCAUAAGUGACACCACUUUAGAGCAGAUCUUCCUUUCCUUCGCCCGAAGACAGCGAUAA